GAUAUCCUACGUCAAGUUGCCAUCCCCAAUGGCUGCCAACUCAUCGCAAUGUUGACGGAGGUCCGUUGACAAUUUCUCGCUAAAACUUUGUCCUGUUAUUCUCAUUUUCCUUAUCGUGAAACAUUUAAAAAUUAAAUACAAAUCGUGAUAUUCCGUACUUCACUAAAAUAAACAAUAAUGGAUCAUUCGAAGUGGGCGUUUAUCGCGUUGGCGUUUUUCAUUGUCGAUGUUCAUUGUAUCAAUUGGUAUGCGGAGCCGAACGAACGAAAAUGUUUGAAAGAAGAACUCAUGGGCGAUGUCCUUGUGACCGGCGAGUACGAAAUCUCCGAGGCACCAGGUCAAAGAAUGGAUUGUAUCGUCACAGAUUCCAAAGGACACAUCCUUGCCCAAAAAGACGACAUACCUCCUCGGAAAUCUUUGAAAUUUUCAUUCGUUACGGAAACGUACGACGUCUUCGAAAUUUGCUUCGUUUCCAGAGUACCCGCCAAUCAACGCGGGGUAAGGCAAGAAGUAAAACUAAUCACAAAACAUGGAGUUGAAGCAAAGAGUUACGAGGGUCUGCUUGGUGAAGCUGCUAAGCUUAAGCCCAUCGAAGUGGAACUCGAACAACUGGAACAUUUGUCCAAAGCAAUUGUUCAAGACUUUGCGAAAAUGCGCAAGAAUGAGGAACAGAUGAGAGACACUAAUGAAACGACGAACGCACGUGUCUUGUACUUUAGCAUAUUCUCAAUGGGUUGUCUCCUGGGAUUGGCGACCUGGCAAAUAUUCUAUCUGAGGCGUUUCUUCAGAGCAAAGAAGUUGAUAGAGUAAAGAAGAAAAAUGUCUCCCAGUGUGAGAAUUCAUAUGUGGCAGACGAAUCUUGAGAGCGUCGUUGAUAAGUGCGACUCGAUGGAAAGAAACAUCGUAUAAUGUGGAGUGAAGGCUCAGAACAAUAUUGUUUAAGCGAAAAAUGAAAAGCCGAAAGAAACAAAAAAAACACUUGUAUUGUGCAUUAAGAAUAUUGUACAAGGAAGAUCCUGACCAUUUUCACUACACCAGCGAUGUUUCAUAUUCUAUACAAAAGUCUUAUUUAAAAAAAAAACAGCGAAAUUGAAUGUGUACGAAGGAAGCUACGAUGACGUACAUGAUUUGUAUGAAAAGAUUAAAUUAACGAUUAGCGUAAGAAAAA